AUGUUCAAGAUGUUAAUAAAGUUUAGAAUGAGUGUGAUGCCCACUUUUAUAUAUGGCACGGUGAAGAGCAUGGAUUCUGUUCUCAGGCAAUUCAACGAGUCGAGAGAGACCGGUGAAAUUGAGCCAAGAAAGCGCGAUAAGUUAGUUGUCGAACCGCAACCUAACGAAUUUUACUUGAAAUAUGAGGAUAGAAAGUACGAUGAACAGUAUUACUCCAUGUACCAGUACCGUUUAAAGGUAUUGAGGGAGCGCGUCACCAAGAAUUGUGAAGUCAAAUGGGAUUCACACUUUAAGCUGAAAAACCGUAAAGUUGUGAAGAAGAAUAAGGUCUUAGAUAUCCAGGCCAACGAGCCCUGCUGGUGUGUGGGCACUAUUUACUGCGAAAUGAAAUACAAGCCAAACAUCCUAGAGGAGGUUGUUAACGAUGUGUACGGCGCGCCUGAUUUAGUGAAGGGUUACUUGGAUGAGGACGGCACGGACGAAGUCAUGUUAGAAGACGAAAGCGGUCGAGUGCUUCUUGUGGGUGAACUUGCGAAAACGAAACCACUGGUCAGUGGAACUGUAGUCGGAAUCCUCGGGAUGGAAGCAGAUGCAGGUACUUUUCAGGUCUUGGACAUUUGCUUUCCAUCAGCCUUACCACAGACCGAGCUUCCCGCGGGCUCUCAGCCUGGGAAAGUUGCACUAGUAUCGGGACUAAACGCAAACCCUUCUAAUCCAAGACUUUCACUAAAGCUGCAAUUAUUACAGCAAUACCUAACAGGCGAUGUGAUGAGCCCAGAGUCUGUUGCUGAAAUUGGUAGACUUAUAAUAUGUGGAAACUCAAUAAAUCCUGUUGACCCAGACCAGCUAACGGGAUGCCUUACAGAAGCUGGAACUUUCUUUGGGAAUACGCUUCAGUCCAUGCCAAUUGAUCUCAUGCCUGGUCCACGCGACCUUAGUGAUCAAAGCUUACCUCAGCAACCAUUGCAUAAGGCACUUUUUGGGCCCAUGAUUUCCCCGUUCUUUGAGGAAUCCAAUAAAGAACUCUUUUGUCCUACCACAAACCCAGCAUGGUUUCAGCUUAAUGGUGUUCAAUUAUUAGGCACGAGCGGACAGAACAUUGAUGAUAUGUGCAAGUACGUUCUGCCUUUCGAACCAGACUCUCAAGAAAACUUAGCAGAAGCUAAUAUCGCCACUAGGAUGGACAUCAUUGAGGGGUGCCUAAGGUGGCAGAAUAUAGCACCAACAGCGCCCGAUACAUUGUGGUGCUAUCCUUAUAAAGAUGAAGACCCUUUCGUUCUGAAGAAAUGGCCCCACGUAUUUUUCGUUGGCAACCAGCCCCAAUUUGCUUCGAAAGACGUGCAGUUGGAGGGGGGUGUCAAAGUCAAAGCUAUUGCUGUUCCAGAGUUCAGCAAAACAGGGCAAGUUGUAAUUUUAGAUCUUGAAACGCUGGAUACUACUCUCGUGACAAUCGAUAUGUAG